UUCUCGGCAAAGAGAAGCGCAAAGAGAGAAGAAGAGAUCCAUUGCUCUCUUCGUCUCUCUUUCGCUCCAUCUCUUCAUUCUAGUCGGAUUGAAGGCGAGUUCAUAGAGAAAGAUCUUACAACAAUGUCCAACAUGAACACAUCAAAGAAACCUGCAGCCAAAGCGAAGAUUGCUAACCCUUUUGAUUCUGAUUCCGAGAAUGAAUUUGAUCCAAAAAAAUCAAAUGAUAAAUUCAAGAACAACGGUCGUCGGGACUCUGAAGGAUUCGAUAACAUGUCUGUGCAAGAGCUGCAAAACUACGCAGCAAACAAGGCGGAAGAAACGACAGAAAAAACACACGAUUGCUUGAGGAUUGCCGAAAUGAUUCGUGAAGAUGCCUCGAACACUCUUGUAACAUUGCAUAAACAAGGGGAGCAGAUCACAAGAACUCAUCAAUCUGCUGUACAGAUCGAUCAAGAUCUUAGUCGAGGUGAGAUGCUUUUGGGAAGUCUUGGAGGCUUUUUCUCGAAGCCCUGGAAGGCGAAGAAAACGCGGCAGAUCAAAGGACCUUCCAUUACUGCAGAUGAUCAACUGAAAACGAAAGUAAGUCACAUAGAGCAGAGAGAUAAAUUGGGAUUAACAUCGAAAUCAAAUCCUAGACAGUAUGCUGAAGCUACAUCUGCAAUGCAGAAAGUUGAGAUUGAGAAGGCAAAGCAGGAUGAUGCCCUCUCAGAUUUAAGUAAUAUAUUGGGUGACCUGAAGGGAAUGGCUGUGGACAUGGGUUCCGAACUUGAUAGGCAAAACAUUGCGCUGGAUCAUUUGCAUGAUGAUGUUGAUGAGCUGAAUCAAAGAGUGAAAGGAGCGAAUCAACGAGCCCGUCGAUUAAUCGGAAAAUAAGCCAUGUAUACGAAACCUUUAUCCAUUUAUGCAACAAUUGCUUGUUUUGUUGUAAUUUUUUUUUUUCAGCUGAGAAGCUUCAAUUCUUAUAAACUUCCUGGAUAUUUUGAUUGACUUGAUGAAUUCAUUAAAAUAUCAAUGAC